AUGCCAAAAAUAUUCCACGUAAACUGGUUCCGUAGAGACAAGGAUGGUGGCUUCUUGUGGCCAGGAUUCGGUGACAAUAUACGUGUGGUGGACUGGAUUAUACGCCGUUUAGGUGGUGACGCGAGCAUUGCACAAGAAACUCCGAUCGGAUUUGUUCCGAAAAAAGGAUCACUCAACUUGGAAGGUCUCAAAGAUAUCAAAUACGAUGAACUGAUGAGUGUACCAAAAGAUUAUUGGCAGGAGGAUGUCCAGGAUGUCAAAAACUUCUUCGAUCAGCAGGUUCCUUUUGCUGCUUUAUAA